AUGCUGGAGCCCAUACCGGCGAGGUUGGGGUCUGAGAGGGCGCAGUCGGGGCGCUGGAAGCCAAAACGGCCGGCAGAGGGCGCCCCGGGCCCGCUGAGAGCGUGCCGCUGGGCUGGCGGCGCUCGCCGGGCGCCGGGCUCCGGGCUCCGGCUGCAGUCCGGCAGUGACCACAGCGGUGGACGCGCGCGCUACCCAAGCUGGGCGCCAGGUGAGCGCCCUCGGGGCGCCGCGGAGCGCACCCGUCCAGGCGCGCUACUGCCCGGAGCCCUCCCGGCGAGCGGUGAGUACAGGCGCUCGCGGGGCACGUUUCAUCCCAGUUGA